GUGCCCGUAACUCUAGGAACCUCGCGAGACACGUGGCUGGAGGAAGACGUUUCUGGCGAUCCGGGGCGAUAGCGAAGGCGGUGUUUUUCCACUUAGAUUCUUUUUGAUUUGUAUCUUUCCAUUGAUAAUUUCAAUUAUAUACUGAAAAGGUUUUUCUUUCUUACGCUUUCGGAAGAUAGAACCAUGCCUUCUCCCAGAGCGCCUUUUGCCCCCUUGAAGAAUGAGCUGUAUUGCUCUUCCUGCUUACCGAGCUGUUUGGCUAUCCCCAAGUAGCUAAGACUGUAAGUAGCAUUGUAGUAUUCACAACUAACAUUAACUUCUCUGUUCUCUCCUCGCCCAGGCCAUAUCCUACCAAGGCUAUCUCCUAACCAUCGCAAUUUUUCCUCUCCCAAGUCAUUCCUCAUCCCUACCCGGAAACCUGCUUAGUUCCGCUUAGUACCACAACCAUACGCCAACUGCAACUCUGAAGACUACAAGAGGAUAUACCAACUUGGAAGUUGGACGCUUGAGCCAAGCUGCUGCGCGCCCUAACUCUUCAACAACAACAACAACAACAACUCUAGGAAGCUUUAUUUCGCCAUGUAGGUACAUUUGAAGCUAUCAUAAUCAUUAAGUCGAUAUUUUUCAAGUUUAAGUUCAAGUUUCAAGUUGAGCCGGUAUUUUUCAAGUUGAGGUUCUACAUCUGCCCUUUGGAGUUCGGCACGUGAUGACGAUGCCGAUCAUGGCAGCUCAUGCCAGGAACCGGUGUCGAUUGAGCAAUCUGACUCUGGCACUUCUGUGCUUCGUUUUCGUAACGCCGACAGCAAACGGUGAUUCUCUAAAGUGGGAUGUCAAUGAUGGAAAUUGGAAAACGAUAAAACUGGAGCCUCCGAAAGGCGAUCGUGACCUGACCCUGGACCUGACGGGGCUAUCCACAAGGCUGGUGGACAAUGUGCAAUUGAAGCUGGACGGUCACACACGCGAGCCUCUGUAUCCACCUCCCGCCAGUGCUAUGAAGGCUCCGGGUCUGAAGUGGACGAUAUGUGGCUCUGCUGGUGUGAAUACUCUUGAAAUAAAGAUCAACUGGAAAUCAGCAGGCGACAGUAAUACGGGGACAGCUGUUUCGUUACGAACUGGUUGGACGGACAUCCGCUCGAACUCCACCGCGGUGUGGAAGGUGCGCUCUGCCGACUGGCAGUACCGGCGCCUGACGUGGAGCGGCUCCGGGUCGGCCGCCGCCGUCGGUAUCACCAGUCUGGACGUGCUGCCGGCCGUGGCGUGCGUGGCCCACUCGUGCCCCGAUGAAGCGACGUUGUCAGCACGCUCUCCAGACUGCAAGACCUUCAAUGGCACUGUAUCUUUUAAACCCGACACCGAAAGCCUACCAAAAUAUCUGUUUGUGAAGUUAAACAGCAACAAUGUGAAUGGCAAGCUGAUGAAGGUGGAGACGCGGCGCGGGCGGCCGGCGGAGAUCGACGGCUGGCUGACGACUCUGGCCGAGACGCGUGCACCGGCCGGCGCCUUCGGCCCGGCCAAGGUGGCUCUGCCGUCGUCACCCAGGGUGGGCGCGUCCCGCAGUCGGCCAGGCGUGUCCGGCGCCAGCGGUACGCCCGUGCGGCAGCGCGGCGCGGCAGUCGGCGCGCAACCCGCACCAGGCGGCGCCAGCAACUCAGUGUCGUCCAGUGCGGACGGCUCGAGCCAGUCCUUUUCGCUCUCCAACAGCGGUAACCCGAGUGUGAACGUCUACAACUAUGUCGGCACCAACGGGGAGACGGGCCAGCCGACGGUGUCGGCACCGCAGCGGGACGUGGCUGUGACGCCGGACGCCGGCCGGGCGCCGCUCGAGGAGCGGCUGACGGGCGAGGUGUCGGAGCUGGAGCCACAGACACUGCGGUUCCACGCCGAGCCGGACCGGUUGCAGAGCGGGCCUCUAACGUUCGAAGUAGCCAGCAACGGAACGGUGUACGCCCUCCUUAUGGUGACGCCAGAGGCGAAACUUAUUCGCAUCACAUCUCCCAACGGUGGCCGCGAGCACGUGCAGCUGUGCCCCAGCCAGCUGCGCGGGCAGUGGCUGGAUGUGACGGUGUCCACCUCCUCUCGGCGGCCUGUGGGUUUCAGCGGCCGGCUGUACCAGCCCGACACCGAGCUAAGUCUGGACGAGCCCAGGCAGGUAGAGCUGGCCCGGAACCAGUCGAGCGUGCGUGAGCUGACCUUUCCCGACUACGAGACACCGGUGGGGCUGCAGGUCAAUGCCCCACCCGACACCUGUAUGCGCGCCUCCAUCUUCCAGAAGAUGUGUCAGGCGCUGGCGGGCCGUCUCAAGGACGCCGUCAGCCACAAGUACCUCAGCAGUGGCGACUACCUGCCAGUAGCGAAUGCCUUUCACGCCGGUCGGGCGUUUCUGCGGACCGAGUGGGCCGCGCCAGAGAACUGCGGCCUGCCCGCCGCCGUCACGUCCGGAGCUGGCGGCCUGCUGCGCGCGAUGCUCACCCUGGACGAGCAUGAGGACAGUGAUGUCUUGCCGGUGGUGCUGCUGCCUCCAGUGGCACUGGCGAUCAUCGUGCCGGCCAUCGUCUUCUGGCUGGUGCGCUCGGUUGUGACCAAGAGGUGGCUGAGAGACUGGACCUCGGACGGCGGCGGUGCCACCAUCAGCGAGCUACCGGAGACGCCGCGCCUGCCGCGCCUCGUGCCGCGUCUGCUCGGCUCCGAGUCCGGCAAGAAGGCUCUGCCCGCGCCGGCCUCCGGCUCCAGCUCCGGCUCUGCGCCCGGCGCCGGCUCCGGCCCGGCUGCCAUGUCGGUCAUCUCGGAGGCCCGCUACCCGGACAUCAGCUCGGAGAAGCGCCAGCUGGCGGCCGUGGUGUCGGGCCAGACGCCAAGCGGCGUCAGUGUCGGCUCGUACCCGGACCUGAGCGAGGAGCAGCGCCGCGAGGUGGCCGCCGUCGAGGCAGAGGACGAGGAGGAGGAGCGGGCAGAGCAGGGAGCCGAGAAGGAGCGACUGGCGGCACAGCUGGGCGUGGGCGGCCGGCCGGCGCCGCCGUCUGCGCCCGCGGCAGCGGAGGACGCAGAGACCAGUGUGUCGCUGCUGCCGGAGCCCACUGAGCCGGGUAGCUCGGCCGUGGUCCGCCGCUCUGGAUCGGACGCCUCUGGCGCGCUGCUGGUCAGCCGCUCGCCCGGCGGCCUGGCCGGACCGCUGGCGGUCGCCCGACACGUCUCCGCGCCCACCCUGUUCGGGUUCGCAGUGGCCGUGCUCGCCACAUCGACCUACUUUUCGGCCACAUCUCUGAAGGCUUACAUGGCUGGUGAUGCGGGCGCGUGCCCCACUUCUGCCACCUACACGGUCAUGGCGAGCGGGCUGCCCAGCGUGGGCGGCCUGGUCAGCCUGCUGCCGACCGCCAGCUACGCAGCCUGCAUCUGGUUCCUGCGCAACUCGUGGGUCCGCCACGCCUCCGACACACAGCUGCUGGAGCGCGGGAUCGUCUGGCCGGCGCCCGGUCUGGAGUGGCUGCUGGUUGUAUACGGAGCGCAGUCGGCCGUGAGCGGACUCUGCCCGGGCAACAACCCGUGCUUCACUGCCAACACGUUUGUGGUGGCGUUUGUCGGUGUGCUGGCCGGCAGUCGGAUGCCCACCGUGCGUCCGACGCUACCCCUGACGGCGUCGGUGGCCGGCUCGGCGCUGGUCUCGGCCGGCGGCUGGCUGCCCGGCCCGACCCUGGACUGUCUGGCCGCCUCAGCGGCCGCCGCCGGCCAGAUCCUCGUCACCGGCUAUCUGUACUGGCAGCUGCUGCUGCCCAACAAUAUUGGCCGUCUGUCGGCUGUGGAGCGGGCCCGUCUGCUGGUGCCCCGCGAGGUGGCCGUGCUGGUCGGCUCGCAGCUCGCGACGGCCGCGCUCGGAGCGUUCGUGCUCUCGCCGGGCGGCUAUCUGGCACUGACUGGACUCGCUACACUCUCCACCACAGUGUGGAUCACCAAAGCCCGCAAGGGCACCAGGUCUGUGGCCACCCUGCUCUCGGCCUACGGCUGGCUGGCGCAGAUGGUCGGCUUCAGCUCGUUCUUCUCUGCCUUUAUCAUCGGAGAGGCGGCGUACGCCGGGAAGCUGGGCCCGCUGGAGGCCUCUAGUAUCGGACAGCAGCUCUACCUGGUGUCCUGCCUCUCCCUGGCACUGGGUGUCUCUCCUCGCCCGCUGCAAGUGCAGUAGGAGGAACUCGCGUCGCGCCAACCUAGGCAACUUUCGAAGCCGUAGAACAUUACGUCCUUGGCUUUAUCAUGGUGAAGAACAUCUUUCUUUUUUAGAUUUUCCUUGUAGACCAUUGUACUUUCUUAGGAGGGGUAGUAAGUUUCCGCCUCGUAAAAAUUAUAUUUUUCAUCGUUCUUUUCCCAAUGUUUUCCCAAUGUUCAGGUGGUGGUAAGGUUCGUUUAAGAUCGCUUGUGGACUCGGGUUGGAUGCACUCCAGCUGAUUGCACCAAUGUCUCGAGACACCGGUUUUAGCAAAGAUACAUUUAAAUAGCUUCUUAGCUCGCAGACGCAAUGUUGCUAGGAUUGUCUAGAAAGCGGACGGGAAAGGACGCUCUAACUUACUGACUAAUUGGUGUGGUGUUUCUGUGUAGCAGUUUCUAUUCAUUUUCAUCUCGUCCAGAGCUUAUAUUUAAUUUUUUGCGAUGUUAUCUAGUCACGCGUCGUUACGCUCCUCAGUGAAUCCGUUGAUUACUCUGAUCGCGCCUGUGAUCACUGUAAUAUGUGCUGUAGAAUCGGAGCUCAUUGUCCGAUCUCAUGUAUAUCUUAUCCCAUGGGUGGCGUAGAUUUCUCAAAGUCAAUGAGCUGUGAAUUCGGUGAUUUGUUGAUCGGCCCGGGGUGGCACUCAGUGUGGUCCUCGGCAUAUGUGAUAAUUGUACUAUUGAGGCCGUCCGGUGGACCCCGUUUGCUUUGCGCCAGUCUGGCUCGUCCGUCGGUCACAGUUAGGUCGGUCUGGGUUUGCGGUCGGUCGAGCCGUUCAGUGCCCCGUCCGGCGGUCAGCCCGUCGCCUGCCGGCAUCCCCCCUCCCCUCUCUGCACUUCAGCUGAGAUGCAAGUUUGGUGGACAAACGGCGUUCAGAUGACCAGCUCGUGCUGAGUUUUCAGCACCGCCUCUCACACCGUGUGGUGCGCGGCCGGGGCGGCAGUCGGUCACCGAAUUUGGGAAAAUCUUAGCACACAGCCGGCCAGUGGUCUUGUCGACCGGAUCACUGGUCGAUGCUGGUAGUCGCGCUGCAUUCGGUGGUGGCUGGCCGCCCGCUCCGCACCAUGCGUCGUGUCCCCAGCGUGGAGAUGGUGCCGCCAUCUCACCUGGGAGCCCGUGACACCUCCCCCCCUUCCCCCCCCCCCUCCCCCGGAACCGGGGCGACUGGGUGACCGCCGUCGGAGGGGCUGAAUUAGCGGACCCGCAGCCGCCGCGGUCCGGCCGUUAGCGCCGCGCGGCCCGCCGCCAUCCCAUGCUCCCGCAGAGAUGGGUGGUCUGCACGGACUCGGGACCACGGUCCAACGGAGCAGGGACCACGGUCCAAUGGUCAGGAUAGGUGGCUUUGCUGCCUCAUCGGAUUGUUUACAACGUACCGUUUCACGGACGAUUUUUUCUAUUAACUCUUGAAACUGUCAUUUUGUGUUCGAGUCACUGUGUGUGGUAAUCGACCCACACCAAACUUACAUCUCCGCUGAAACACGUGACCACCUUGUCCUGUGGGACCGAGGCGGCGGGCUGGGGCCGGUCGGGGUAAGGUGCGGUUCACAUCGUGUCCCGCUGACCAGCCCGCACCUGGCGGAGGUCUGUUCAGGUCGCGCCGACAUGGGGUGAGCGUUUAGCUCGCGUCGGUUGCCCAGCUCCCGUGCUGAUGGGAGUAUGGUAUCCUGGCGGGAAAGAACGGUACGCACCGGUCGGUGGAGCGAACAGACGCGAGCCAUGAGGAGCGGGCGGGCGGCGGAUGGCACUGGGUGAGAGCGACCAGCGCGUGGUGGGGUCCGAUGUCGACUGCUGCUGGCGGGCGUAGACGAUGACCGGCUAUCUGCCAGUCACAGUGAACGUCGGCCCUGGGCCGCGCUCAACAUCCCUCGGAACUUUGCGUCGGCUCGACCUACCGCAAACCGCCAACCGCCCGUGAUCGUAUGACGUCACCGUUUGGUGAUCAGUGACGUCACUCUGCGGCCACCGGACGGCCCUCGCGAAUGGUUUGUUGUGAAUGACUGGCAUGUGGACGGUGUAACGCGUUUGGGCCACAGGCCGCAACCCUGUGAGGGAUUCACAAAUGAGGAGCUGUACCGUGACGAGAAUAUUCAUACGGAAAUUGUUCUCGCUAGGAUUGCGCUGUUCUGUUUCCAUGUCUUCUCGCAGAAUAAAACGCUUUCGUGCAA